AUGGCCUCUCCAACACCAUUAGUGAAGCGAUCCCUCUCCGAGCCAGGGCCCCCAGAAGAGGAACCCUUAAGCUCGCCCGCAAAAAGGCGCCGGUUUUAUUUCGCUGAUAAAAUGCCUAUUGAAACAACUGUCGCGCCCGAAGGCUCCAAGGAUCUCAUACCCCGAACAAUUUCCAUAACAGAAAUAUCAGUCGAACGUGCCUUCGACUUAAGAAGGGCACUCAGGGAAGAUGAAAUACCAAUAAAAUCCGACUGUCCCCCACUGCGCGGCCGAUCCGAUUACCGCAUCUGGCGCCGCGAAUUGAGGCUUAUUCUGAGCGAGAAUAUGGUGUUGGACUUGGUUGAGGGGAAGAUCGGUGAACUUCCACGAUCACAUCGCUUGGGAAGCCAGUUUGACAGCUUGAACGAGGCGGCGAGAGAGAUCAUUAAUACAAAUCUAUCUCCCACCACUAGAAUUAUGGUUCGCAAUAUCCGAAGUGCACAGAAGAUGUGGGAGAAGUUGGAAACCCACUGCAAACCUUCUGAUUGGAGUGUGGUGCGGUCCGGCUGGCUUGCGUUGCACAAUAUCAGAUACAGCCAAUGUCGUGACAUCUGGGAUUAUAUAUCUAAGGUGGACGAUGCAUGGAGAUGCAUUUGUCUUGAUCAGGAGGACGUCCUUGAGAAACAUGAAUUUGCCCGUUGUGCUAGCCUCGUGUGCUCGUUGGAUACAUCUAAAUGGGAAACAUGGAAGAUGGGUUUUCUGUCUGGUCGCAAUAUCAAUAUACCAAACUGGAAAAGCCUGGUGGAGAACUUGACGUCAGCUGAGGACAAGGGUAUUGUGUCCGGUUUGAUCGGCAUCGCGAUCUGA